AUUAAGUACAGUCGUUGCUCUCGUUCGAAUAAUAAAGAAGCGAUAGGAAAUCUCAAGCGCAAAUAUGUGCAUCGAAUCGAAGACGGGAACACAGAGCAGAAUAAGACAGUCCAACGAAAUUGUUUUAAGAUAGACAGUGACGAUGAGUAUGAAGAGAUGAUGCAAUGCAGAAUUGGAGGUGCGGAUGUUUCCCUAGUAAUUGAUUCGGGAUCUCGAUUUAACCUUAUCUCGCAAGACGAUUGGUUAACUCUUCAAUUAAAGAAAGCGAAAGUUUUUAAUGUCCGCGGAAAUUCACAAAGCCAAUUUAGGGGAUACGCCUCAGAUCAAAUCCUUAACGUUAUUUGUAUUUUCGAGGCACCGAUAUCGAUCAAGCACAGCCCCGAGUUGAUUGCAUCCUUUUUCGUAAUUGAAAAAGGACGGCAGUCACUGCUGGGACGAGAAACGGCAACGAAGUUGAAUGUUCUGCGAGUGGGACUACCGGUUAACAAUAUUGAGAUGGUGCCACCAUUUCCCAAGUGGAAAGGUAGUAAGGUAACGCUAACGAUAGACCCCUACGUCAACCCUGUGAAACAACCAAUGAGACGGAUUCCGGUUGCGCUAGAAGGGAAAGUCAAUGAGAAGUUAGAGGAAGCCUACAAACUAGACAUUAUUGAACCGGUCAAGGGUCAUAGCCCGUGGAUCUCUCCGAUGGUGAUCAUGUUCAAAGGUAAUGGUGAUAUUCGUAUAUGCUUGGAUAUGAGGCAAGCAAACCGGGCAUUCUUCGCGAGAACUACCCUUUGCCGACAUUUGAAUCAUUUAUGACGAAUUUAA